CAAGGAUCCAUCCACUCCACCCACUGACCUCUGUCUCUCCCCCUCGGUCCAGCAGAAAGCCCUGCCUGGGCUUAGGGACCGCCAUGACUGAAGUCGGCUGGUGGAAGUUGACUUUCCUCCGGAAAAAGAAAUCCACCCCCAAAGUGCUCUAUGAAAUCCCUGACACCUAUGCCCAAACAGAGGGAGGUGCUGAGCCGCCGGGCCCCGACGCCGAAGGCCCUCACAGCGACUUUAACGCCCGCCUGGAGAAGAUUGUGGAUAAGAACACCAAAGGCAAACACGUCAAAGUCUCCAACUCGGGCCGCUUUAAGGAAAAGAAAAAAGUCCGGGCCAUGUUGGCAGAGAACCCCAGCCUCUUUGAUGACAGGGAGGACAAAGGACAAUGAAGGCAGCCCAGGAGGACACUAGCACCUCCCUGCUCCCCGCCAUUGGUGGGGUCUGAGGCAGGAGCUUGCCACGCUGGCCUCUUUGGUCAUAGCUGAAGCCAUGGUGGCAGGUGAUGCCUGCUGGCAGGAUCGCCUGGUUCUUAGGUUUGUAUUUAUGUGCCCCAGAUUUAUGAAGGGCCUGGGAGAUCCCAGGGUCCUCCUCCCCAUGAUCACAUACAAAGGCACUCUGGUCCAGGAUGAAAAAUGGCCACCUAGAAGUACAGCCAUCCUUGGCACAGUGGCUUGGCUCACAGGGAGGCAGCAUGGCAGAGAAAGGACAGGGAGCCUGACAGACUCCACUCUCUUCCUUGGCACAGGGUCAAGGGUGAACUUGGAUCUCUGUUCCCUCUACUUUCUCUACCUGUGACUUGUUCCCCCCGACCAAUCCUACGAGAGCAGAGGUUCCAGAAGUCACGUGAUAGUGGUUUCCUUGGUGCCAGAGGCGGAGUUGUUGAACUGGAGAUCACCUCUUAAUUCAAGGAGUAAACUUCCUGGAACUUUGCUCCCCAGAGUGGAGGGGCAAAGGACACGGCACUCCCUGGGAUGCAACAGAAGGCCAGAU